CCUCUUCCCCGUGUCCAGGACUUCUCCGAGCUCCAGGACCUCCUUGGAGCGGCCGCUCUUCUCCAGAGCCUCCUGCAGCUCCACGGUCAGGAACUUGCAGACUGACGGACAACGAGCACAAAGUGACGAUUAUCCAGCAUCUGGCGAAGGUGUCAGGGGAAAUACACUGGGCAGCAACAGAUACUCCAGCAGCCUGUGAGGGAGGAGAUACGGACGAGAGAAGCGAGGAGGAGAAAAGACAAGACAGAAAAGGUGACGAAAGGGAGUCCAGAGCCAUGCUAAAAUGAGGAGGGAAGAAAGAAGUGUUGAGAUACCAAGGAGAAGAAAGCAAUACAGAAUGCACACAGUCAAUGAGCAGAGAGGCAGAAGCAACAGUCAGAGAUUACAUGAAGGAUUUCUCAAAUGACCGUACGAGGGUAUGGACCUGGAUCGGCUGUCUGGACUUGAGGAAUCAUCUGAAUCAUCUAGUUUUGUUGAAAGACGUCCCUCGUCAGCGCUACGAUGCCAGUGAGCGACUUCCAGGGUCAGAGCUACCAGCAGCUGAGGCGCUCCUGCCUGCGUCGGGGAGCGUUCUUCAAGGAUCCGCUCUUCCCACCGUCGGCCCAGUCCCUGUUCUACAGGAGGGAGCCUCCACCCGGCCUGACCUGGAAAAGGCCUCAGGAGAUCUGUAAAGACCCUCGUCUGUUCGUCGACGGCAUCAGCACCCGUGACUUGCACCAGGGCAGCCUGGGAAACUGCUGGAUGGUGGCCGCCAUCUCCUGCCUCGCGUCGGAGCCGUCCCUGUGGAAGAAGGUGAUACCCGACCACAUGGACCAGGAGUGGAACCCGAAGCGCCCCGACCUCUACGCAGGCAUCUUCCAUUUCCGCUUCUGGCGCCUGGGCCGAUGGGUGGACGUGGUGGUUGACGACCGCUUGCCCGUCAGCAGCGACGGGGUGCUGCUGUUCUGCCGCUCGGCCACUCCCAGAGAGUUCUGGAGCGCCCUGCUGGAGAAGGCCUACGCCAAGCUCAAUGGCUGCUACGAGGCUCUGGAAGGAGGGAACACCGCAGAGGCCCUGAUCGACUUCACCGGCGGGGUCUCGGAGCCUCUGACGCUGGACCGCGAGGCCCUCGCCCUGUACAGCGACCAGAGGAGGGCUUUUUUCCAGACGUUAGCCAAGGCCCACGAAUGCAAGGCUCUCAUUACCUGCUCCAUACGGCCAGCAGAGGGGGAGACGGUGGAGUCGGUGCUGGACUGUGGCCUGGUGCGAGGCCACGCGUACGGGAUCACGGCCGUGAGGAAGGUGAGGCUGGGGGAGCAGCUGAGGACCAGCGGGGGCUCCAGGCUGUUCAUGGUGCGCAUGAGGAACCCGUGGGGCACCACCGACUGGACCGGAGCCUGGAGUCAGGGGUCCCAGCAGUGGCAGCAGAUGACGCGCACGGAGCGCGAGAAGAUGGGCCUCACCGUUCGGGAUAUCGGGGAGUUCUGGAUGGACUUCGAAGACUUCUGCGGCUACUUCACAGACGUGGUGGUGUGUCGUCGCGUGAAGAGGGCUCUGCUGUGGCCGCGGUCCCACUGGAGGGAGGUGCGCUGCUACGGGGAGUGGGCUCCGGCCCCCGGUGCCGCGGGUGCCACUCCCUCCGCCGUCAGCGGCGCCAGACGGAGAGAGGCCGAGCAUCUGGGGAGCAGCAGAGACAGAGAGAGUCAGCACGAGGCGACGAGGGAAGGAGACGCUGGAAGGAGAGACACACAGGAAGAAGAGGAGGAGGAGGAGGAGCUGACUGAGAGCUGGGAAGCGCAGACAGACCGGAGGAGUCGAUGCGGAGGAUGCAUCAACCACAGAGACACUUUUCUGCACAACCCACAGUUCAUGUUCGACGUGAGAGGCAGAGACGAGGAGGUGCUGAUCUGCCUGCAGCAGGAGGACCGACGGAUCCAGAGGAAGGAGGGAGGGGGGCAGAACCUGCCCAUCGGCUUCGAGGUGCUGAAGGUGGAGGUGAACCGCUGCAGCCGCGUGCAGUGUGUGGUGGAGCAGGCCGCCAGCUCCGUCUACAUGGACUCCCGCAGCGUCACGCUGAGGGGAACCCUGGCGCCGGGGCGCUACGUGGUGCUGCCCACCACCUUCCUGCCCGGCGCCACCGGCCGCUUCCUGCUGCGGCUCUUCUCCCAUUCCCACGCUCGACUCAGGGAGCUGAGGGACGAUUUGCCGUCUCCUUCUGUCUUCCAGUGUCUUCUGCCUCAGCCCACUGUAGUGACCACAGUGCACCUCCGCAGGGCGCUGGGGCUCCGUCCUCCCAAACACGCAGGUCCAGAUGUUUAUGCCGUGGUGCAGUGUGAGAACAGCACCGUAAGGACCCGAGUGUUCAGGGACGCAAACCCUGAGUUCAACCUGCGAGCCAUCUUCUACAGGAGACACCCGAACACGCACAUCUCUAUAGAGCUGUGGCGCAGGGGUCCGCUGUGGGACUCGGUGCUGAGUGAGGCUCAGCUCUUUACGAGGACCUCAGACAGGACUCGAACCCAUCUGUUAAAUCUGCUCGGUGGCCAUUCGCGUUCCGAAAACAAAGGGAUUCUGAUUGUUGACACGUCCUCCAGCCUCUGCCUCACAGACUUGUGACAGCAUCGUCUGGUUACCCUGGUAACCAGGAGCCACGGUAACUUGGACUGUACUGGACAAAAUACAGUGGCAUUAAGUACAGCAGUUGGUCGGAAAUGAAAUAAACUGCUGCCAAAUAAUUCAGCGUGUUUUAUUAUCGCACCAGUAGCAUCAGGCACCACACACACACACACACACACACACACACACACACACACACACACACACACACACACACACACACACACACACACACACACACACACACACACACACACACACACAAAUAAUCCAACUACACAGAGGAAGAAACUUGACCCAAACGAGUCUCCUACAGUUCCCACCCCUGGUUUGGGAAUCAACGCUAACAAUGGCUUCAAUGGGAACCGAACUCCCCGUCUGUGCCCGCUCCCGGAAGGCGGAGGUGUGGCAGAUGUGGUUAUUAACGGGUAUUAACAGUUCUCACCGCACACACGGAGUCCAGUCCGCGCAAAGGUUGGAGUCGUCACGGCUACAUCAUGUCAAACGUUCUGUUUCUUCGGGAUUUCCGCACCAUGGCUGAACCGAUACCAGUAAUAAUGUGUUCAGACUUGAUUGCUUGCAUUCUGUCAAUCCUUCAGAUUGUAAUUGGGUCUCUGUAUCUUAAUGAGUGUCCGCGGCAGCCCUACAUCCCCAUCUACCUGAUCGUGGGGGGGGUCUUUGGUUUGAUGAUUGCGGGGCUGUCCUGCAUCGGCUGCACUCAGAGGAUAAACAACGGUCCUCUCAGCGGAUUCUGCACCACCUGGAGUUCACUGACCUUUCUCUUCCUGUUCUGCUGGUUAAUUACUGGCAGCGUGUGGAUCUACUCCAUUUACAAGCCAAACUACAGCAAAAACGCAACGAGUCCGGAGCUGUACUGCAACGAGCUGCUGUACCUGUUUGCCUUCUGGAACACCACGGUGGUCUACAUCCUCCUGGGCCUGCUGUUUGUGGUCCUCUGCUGCAUCAUACCCUGCUGCGCGUGUGGCCUCGGUGCCGCACUGGCUUACUCAGUGCAAAAGUGAUUCACGGCGCCUCCAUGACACACGGGGGGAUGCAUGUGUGGUUACACAAACCUUUUCUAUACAAUAGAAAAGGUGCAAAGGCGCUGUUGAGCUUUGGGUUUAGGGCUGGGCUUUUUCACGGCUACCUCACAGUAGGUGUCGGUUCUGUUGGUUUAGUUCUAGCUACAGGCAUGUGUGGUAGAGGUUUCUUGCUCUCACAAAUGCUUUUCUGGUGGCUUUAUGUUAUAGCAUCACCCGGUUACUACGAACUGCACUGGACAUAAUACUGCAGUGGCAUUAAGUAGGUUUAUUGACAUGUCUUCAGCGGUUUGUCAGAAAUGAAUUAAACUGCUCCCAGUUUAUUCCAAGAUGACAAUGCCAGGGUCAGAUAGAGUGGUCGAGGGAGCAUGAGGCAUCACUUUCACACAUGGAUCAACCACCGCAGAGUCCAGACCUGAACCUCAGUGAGCAUCUUUGGGAUGUGCUGGAGAAGGCGAGUGCAGCGGUCAGACUCUACCAUCGUCAGUGCAGGAUCUUGGUGAAAAAUUAAUGAAACACUGGAUAGAAAUAAUUCUUGUGACAUUGCAGAAGCUCAUCUAAAACAAUGCCACAGUGAAGGCGUGCUGUGAUCAAAGAUAAAUGUGGUUCAAUGGAAUAUUACUGUAGAGUGUGUGACCUUUUUUUGUUGGUAGCACCUUUUUUUUGGCCAGUGUAUUAUAACUUCAGUAACAUUUCUGCUCUUUGAUUAGUGCUGUUUGUAUCGUCAUAUUUGCUAUUUCAGUUUGAAUCGAUUCUAAUUUUCAAAUCAUUAAAAUGCUUGACGGCCUAUUUAAGGGAAGGUUUUACUUUCAGCGCUACCACCAGGGUGUCACUAAGUUGUAUCCGGGCAGAUUUGCAUUGCCCUUCAUUCAUUUCUGGAGACACAGCCUCAUUAGUUCUGUGAUUAGAUAAGACGAAAAGCAGCAGCUGCUCAAAGAUGACGGAGACGCUCUGAGACAGAGAGCGCAGGCCUGAGCGCAUGGGAAAAUAGAUUUCUCUGCUGAUUUUAGUCUGAUGAACAAUUCAAUAUAGAAAAAUGCAUCAGUUUCUAAAUUAGAAGAAUUUCUAAAUGUCGACCUUAAAAAGAUAAACGUCACAAAAAUCAGUACAGUUUCACUGCAACAAUCCAAUUGACAAAAAGUGUUUGCAUUUUUGUUACUGGCUUGAAAAAUACAAAGGGAGACGUACAAGAGCUACUACAGCUGUGACCAAACCUGCUGCAAUGCAAAUUGCAGAUAAAGGUUGUGUGACCUCGUUUGUUUAUCAGGAGCUGCCUCCUGUUUUACUGCUGCCUUUCACAGAGGAGAAGCUUAAUGCUGGUAACAUAUGAUAAUUACCUUGAAAGUAUUUUAUAUUUUAUCAGCACUUUCUGUCUCUGGGUUUGUCACAUUUGUUGUCUUUGUCCACGAUGCAGUGUGUUUCUUCAGAACUGGAAAAUCUGACCCCAUCAAAACCAGGUUUCUUAUUUUAUUAUCUAAUUAAUCCUUACUUUAAAUAUUAACACAAUCUGAAAAGCAGAGGGAGAAUGUUCAUUUUUCAGGUCGAUUACAAUGACAUGAGACAUGAGUCAUGGUUUUUUAUCACUACACAAUUGGUAUGUGGCCGAUAAUUAUGCUUUUUUAGUCUCUUUCUUCCUCUUGGGGGCGUCACGGCGCCUAGUUUGAGAAUCACUACAUUAAACAUACGCGUCUUUA